AUGCCUUUGAUUGAAGAGAUAACUGAAGAUGAGCCGGUUUUAGUUGAGAAACCAAAACGAGUUCAGAUUGAAGUUGUAGAAAAGGGGUCUUCAGAUGUGGUGGGACCACCACUGGUAGAGAACCAAAAUGGAGACCAACAGAAUGGAAAGGAGUCCGAUGAGGAUGCUGAUGAAAAAGACAAGGAAGAUGAAAAUGAAGGUCACAAGGAAGAUACCGGAGAUGGAGAUAAGACAAAGGAUGAGAAGACAGUCAGCCAAGACGAUCCAUCAAAAACUAAAACGAAGAAUGACUGGCCAAGAUUGACUAAGGCAUUUUUGAAGCAGCAUUGUAAGGAUUUGAAGCUGUAUCUCACCCCAGCUUUAAAUGAUGUUUUAUACCUUCACUACAAAGGUAUCUUUGAGAUUGAGGCUCUUGAGGAGUACACAGGCCUCAAGUGUCUAUGGUUGGAAGUAAAUGGGAUCAAGAAGAUUCAGAAUCUGGAGAACCAGGUGAAUUUGCGCUGUCUGUUCCUCCAACAGAACCUGAUAGACCGUCUGGAGAACCUGGAGCCACUACAGCAACUGGAUACCUUAAACGUCAGUCACAAUGUCAUCCGCAAGAUACAGAACCUUGCAUGUCUGCCUGUCCUCAACACUCUGAAUAUAUCCCACAACAAACUGAGCUCCGUCGAGUCCCUGGAACACUUGACCGAGUGUGAAAGUCUCAGUGUCCUCGAUCUGUCCCACAAUUCCAUUGAAGACCCUGCUGCUAUCAACGUCUUUGAGAAAAUGAAGUCCUUGAAAGUUUUGAACUUGAUGGGAAAUGGAAUUAUCAGGAACAUCAAGAACUACAGAAAGACCUGCAUUGUUAAAAUGAAAAACCUGACCUAUUUGGAUGACCGACCAGUUUUCCCCAAAGACAGAGCUUGUGCGGAGGCAUGGGACAGAGGUGGUGUGGAGGCUGAGCGUGAGGAGAGGGAGAUGUGGAUAAACAGGGAUAGAAAGAAGAUCAAAGACAGUGUUGAUGCCAUGUUGGGUAUGCGUAAGCGAGGGGAAGCCAAACGAAUCCAGAGGGAACGUGAUGCAGCUGGGCUGGAAGGAAAGGUGGAUGUAGACAGUGUUGAUUGGCUGACAGGCACCUACAGACUAGAGGGCAGCACUGAGGUGUUACGACAGAAGGAGGAAGAUGAUGAAGAAGGUGAAAAAGAAGACGACGAAGGCGAUAAGGAGGAAGAUGAUGAUAAUGAUGGAGAAAUCCCAGUAAUAUGUGGAAAACCUCCGAUGUCAGAAACAGGGAUCUUCUCUACUGAAAAAUCCAAGUCUGAUGGCGGAAGUACACGUCUUUUUAUCACAGAGGAUAAAGGUAAGACUAUGAUAACAAAACCCAUUGUUUAACAUGGUGUAGAAGUCAUCCCCUAUUUGUUGAACAUGUUUUAAGUUUAGUAUACUAGUAGUGUUAUAUAAAUCUGUUACCAGUAGAAGUACUGUAUACCAGUAGUGUGAUAUAAAUCUGUCAUAAGUAGAAGUACUGUAUACUAGUAGUGUGAUAUAAAUCUGUUACCAGUAGAAGUACUGUAUACUAGUAGUGUGAUAUAAAUCUGUUACCAGUAGAAGUACUGUAUACUAGUAGUGUGAUAUAAAUCUGUUACCAGUAGAAGUACCGUGUACUAGUAGUGUGAUAUAAAUCUGUUACCAGUAGAAGUACU